AUGGUGGCACCGAAGUACGGCCCGACGGGGGCCUCCUCCCCGUCGGAAACCUCGCAAGGUUCUGCCUCGCGGAGCAGCGAAAAGAGGAGAGAGCAGGUGCUGCAACGGUUGAUUGAACAAGCAGGGGAGAGCAGGUCUGAAGGAAACUCGCUGUUCAAACACCAGUCCUACGCCGAAGCGGAGAUCAAGUACUCCAAGGCAAUCCACACCCUGCAGAAGAUUCCCGGCGAGUUGGCCGGACCAGACCUGGUGAAGUCGCUCAACAACCGCAGCCGCGUGUACGUGAAGCUGGACAAGAUGGAGCUCGCCGAAGCCGACGCCAGCGAGGUGUUGUCGAUGAACUCCGUCGAAAACACAGCAACGUCGGCGGCGCAUCUCGUGCGCUAUCACGCUCGUAUUGGCUUGGGGGCGCGCGAAGAUGCCUUGCGGGACCUGAAAAACUCUGCCGACCUCGGCAACGCCGACGCUAAGCGGCUGCUGCUGUCUCAGGCUAGAAAGAAGAAGGCUGGCGACGGUAACGCCGCCCUCACCAAAACCACCACCAGCAGCAACAACAACGGCGGCGCUACUGUCUCCAGGCCUUCUGCUGGCGGUUGCGGUGGCGCCAACUCUUCGGUACGGGGGGCGGCUGCGACGUCGACGUGCGCUGCAGCGGCGACGGCGGGGGCGGCGGGGGCGGCGGGGGCGGGGGCGGCGGCGGCGGCGGCAGGAAGGAGGGUAAGAGGCGCUGCUGGCGCAGCCGCGGCGAGGACCGGCGGGGGCGGGAACCCGGUUAGGCUGGAAGCUCGCCUGGAAGCUCGGGCGGGGGCAGAGCUGACCUUCGGCGGCACAAGCGAAGACUCGCGCAGGAGCUGGCUCCCAACGGAAGCAGGAUCCGGCGGUGGGGGUGAUGGUAUUGAUAAGAGCGGGGGGGCUGGCGGUACUUCCAGCGGCGGCAGCUCCUGCGGCGGCGAUAGCAGCGCCGAAGACGGGGUGGUGACCGCGAGGGUGGAAACCCCGAGGAGGCGCCGGCCGCGUCCGUGGCCUGGGGGUUCACCGGGCAGCGGCAACCCGGGGAUGGGGAAGAACGGCACUGCUGCUGAGAGGGAGGAAGAGAGCGAUACGUACCCAGCUCCUCUACCCGCUCUCGGGGGUCCCGCCGUCCGGCGGUGCUAUGGGCCUGACGGUGGGAGUGAGGUGGAUGCGGCCGAUGUUGCGAGCACGUUGGAGGCCGGUGAUGCAGCUGGUGACGGGGAUGCUUGCAUCGGAGCACAAGGAGAAGACGCGGAUAAAGGAGACGGCAGUGAUAAGCAAGGGGGAGAUGCACAAACCGUGGCGGCGGUGCCGGAGGCUGGCGCCGGGGUUGGGUUUGAGAUUGGCGAAGCCCCGCCGCCGGAGGCUCAGGCGCAGCUUAUUCGCUGGCUGGUGGCGCAGGAAAAGGAGAAGAAGGAUUGCGAGGGUAACAUCUGGGCGGUCUUGGACAAGAAGUGGUGGCAAAGGUGGCAGCUUUACACGGGGUGCGACGAGCACGCGCAUGCCGUGGGCGAAGCUCGCAGCGGUGCCGCCCAACCAACAGCAGACGCCGAUGCCGACCAGGCAACGGCAGACCCCGAUGCGGAGGCGGCGGCGACGGCGGCGGCGGCGGCGGCAGCGGGGCCAGACCCGGACGGCACCCUCGCCGAAGGCACCGGUGCUGGCCCGGCGGCUGACCUUGACUCGUCACCGGUAGAAGAGGAAGAAGCACCGCCCCGCGGAGGAACGGCGACAGUAACGGAAGAGAACGGGGAUGGCGGGGGGCUACAAGCGACGGCGGCGGGAGAAGACGAAAACACCGAGGAGGUAGGGGGUGAUGCUAAUAUCGUGCCCCACCCUGCGUCUGCGGGCUCUGGUGCCGCCAUGGGAGACGGCGACGGUGGCGAGGGGCCGGUGGAGAAAGACGGCGAGGCGGGAACAAACGGCCAUCAAAAGACAGCAGCUCCGCAACGAGUCGAACCCCCCGCAGCACACCCUGGCCCGAUCGAUAACUCGGAGCUGGUCUUGGAUGCGGGGACACCGGGAACCAUCCCCGGGACGGGGCGACGCCUCCGGUUGCGUCUUGUUCGGGGGUACCACUUUGUCCUCGUUCCGCAGGAGGCCUGGAUUGCUCUGCACGCGUGGUAUGGUGGGGGGCCCGCGUUGCCAAGAGCGCUGGUGCCGAUCCGAGAUAGCGACUCCGGGCGUGUCGUGUUCGAGCCUCAGCUCUUCCCGGAGUUUUCACGACUAGAUCCGGUCCUAAGAUCAGCCACUGUGUGCAGCAGUAGCGUUGUUGGUGAUAACGACGCCCCUUCCAACGAGGAUUUGGCCAACGACAAACCUACGGCCAACGGCGAUCCUAUCUCCAACGGUCCUAUCGCCAACGGUAGUCCCGUCGAAAAGAGCCCUCUUGUGGCAGCAGCAGCAGCAGCAGCAGCAGCUGAUAGCAAAGAAGACACCGGGGGUUCCGUAGACGGAAAGGGGGUAGGGAAUGGGGUAGGGGGAGAAUCGACGGAGCCUCCGCCAGCACCGACGGAAGAAGCACCACCGGCACCACCAGCAGCGGUAGCAGAAGGGGCACAGGACGGCGGCGACGACGGCAGCAGUACCGGUGGUGGCGUGCAGGUGGACCGGGCGGGCGGCAGAGGGGAGGGGAAGGGGGACGGUAGUGCAGACAAGAAGACAAAGAAGAAUGAAGAUGCGUGGUACCCCUGCGCGGCGUGCGGAGCCCCCUCCAACAAGAAGUGCACCUCUUGCUCCAAGACGCAGCACAGGGUGUCUUACUGCUCCCCGGCCUGCCAGAAGGCCCACUGGAGGUUUCACAAGAAGUUCUGCGGCGGGAAGGGUUCGGGAGCCGGGCUGUCGCUGGCCAAGAGAGGAAAGGCGGGCCUGGACAACCUGGGAAACACGUGCUUCCUCAACUCGGCCGUGCAGUGCCUCAGCCACGUCCAGCCUCUCACGAGACACGUCCUCAGCAACGCCUUCCAGGAAGACCUGAACCUAACCAACCCACUCGGGACGGGCGGGCGACUUGUCCAGGCCUACGAACAAGUGCUCAAGGAGCUGUGGUUCGGCAGCGGGAGCUCGGUGUCCCCCUCGGGCCUCAAGAGCGCAAUCGCGAAGUUCGCCCCGCAGUUCAACGGCUACUCGCAGCAGGACUCGCAAGAGGUCCUGUCCUUCCUCCUGGACGGGCUGCACGAGGACCUCAACAGGGUGCUCAAGAAGCCCUACCUCACGCUCCCGGAUGGAGAGUGCGGGAGGCCUGAUUCGAUCAUCGCAGCAGAGUCGUGGGAGAUGUUCGGUAUGAGGGACAAGAGCGUCCUCGUGGAGAGUCUGUACGGCCAGUUCAAGAGCACGCUCGAAUGCCAGCAGUGCGGCAAGUUAUCGCGGAAGUUCGACGAGUUCAACGUGAUGCCCGUCGAGCUCCUGGACGGACAGCGCCUCCAGGUAAUCCUGGACUUCGCGCCGCUCCUGAACCCCUCUGCUGCGCCAACGGCAGCCAAGGCAGCAGCAGGAGACGACGGGAAAGGCGUCGGAAACCUCAGCGCGGCGAUGCUGCUGGGGGGACCGGGCGUGGAGGGACGCAAGCCGAGGAGGGUCGCGGUGUUGGUUCCGAAGGAGUCGUUGGUGGCGGACGUCAAAGCCGAGUUGGCGGUGAUGUUCGACAUCGGCGUGGACGAGAUGGUGAUCGUUGUGUCACCCGUCAGCGGACAGCCAUUCCUCCGCAUUCUCCCCGACUCGGCACAGAUUUUGCCGUUCACCCAGGGCGGCUACGAAAUCACGGCCCACGAGUGUGUCCCGGGGCAGCGGCACGCCCUAGUCGUCAACCGCGUGUUCGACGGGGGACGGCACGUAUCCUCCCCGGAGGGGCCGCGAGCGAUCAAUCCCCUGCCGCAGUGGGCGCAGGAGGUGUCGGCCCUCAGCCGCCUGCGAGGGAACGACCGGGACGCGCCCUUCCUGCUGUCGUUUCCCGAGGAUGUGUCCUGUCUAGGGUAA